ACGAAUAGCUACGGCAUUUUUAAAAAAUCCCUCUUUAGCUAGCUGUCGUGCUUUAGCGGAAGUUAGGGAACAACCGCCUGACACAGCUGUUUUGUCCGUACAACAAGAUGGCUGCGCUCAGUGUGGGUUCUAAUCGCUCAGGAAAAAUCUAAACUGGAAAGCAAGUAUGAAUUUCAGUUCCAAUUUCUCAGAGACUGUCCUUGAAAAGGAGAGAAUGUGAUGUCUGUGGUGCAUCAGCUGUCAGUUGGGUGGCUACUGGAUCAUCUUUCCUUCAUCAACAAGGCCAGUUACCAGCUUUGCCCUUCCAGCCAGUGCCUUGCUCCCUCGGCUUCUCAUGUUGCUCCUGUUUCUUCCACCCCUUCUACAGAGGAUAUUGUUGCGCCUUCCACCGUUGAUACUACUUACUCUACUGGAGCUGCAGUAGAGAGAACAGGGGUAACACUAAAGAAAACAUAUGUGUUUCGGGAAGAGUUCUUUCAUGUUUUUAAGCCCCAUAUAGUUUCAGCUCCCCAACAGAAGCCCCAGCAAGAAAGCUCUGAUGCUGGCCCAAGGGAGGGGAAGGACAGUGGCAAUGGAACAGAGCAGCACGAAGGAGCCAAGAACAGUGAUGGGGAUUCCAUUGCCAAUGCUAGGAAGAAACGUAAAAGAAAGUGUAGUGUUUUCAACCAAGGUGAACUGGAUGCUUUAGAAUACCAUACAAAGAUCAGGGGUCUAAUAUUGGAAGGCACCAGGUGUUUAAUUAAAGAAGGACUCAAAAGUGGUUUUCUUCACCCCAUUUCUGCAAAACAAAGUAGCAUCAAGAAUGUUAUUACAGGACAUGUUGGCUGUGGGAUGGCUGAAUUAUGUGAAAUGGCAAAACAUUUUCCUUCUGUGAAUGAAAGUGACCAUCGAUCUGCACAAAUUAUAGAUGAGGAAACAUCCAUUCCAGAGCAGGAUCUGCUUUCAUGCGUUACAGAGAACAAUACAGACUAUGCAAAGAUAAUAAAUUUAAUGGGACAGAAGUACCUGGUACCGCCAAAAAGCAGUUUCCUUUUAUCUGAUAUUUCCUGUAUGCAACCACUUCUGAAUUAUAAGAAUAAAUAUGAUGUAAUUGUGAUAGAUCCACCAUGGCAGAACAAGUCUGUUAAAAGAAGUAACCGAUACAGCCACUUGUCUGCAUGGCAAAUCAAGCAAAUUCCCAUACCAUCGCUAGCUGCUCCAAAUUGUCUUGUGGUCACAUGGGUGACCAAUAGACAGAAGCACCUACGUUUUGUUAAGGAUGAACUUUAUCCUUAUUGGUCUGUGAAGACUCUUGCUGAGUGGCACUGGGUGAAAAUUACCAGAUCUGGAGAAUUUGUAUUUCCAUUAGAUUCUUCCCACAAAAAACCCUAUGAAGUUCUUGUGUUGGGGAGAGUUCAAGGAAGUAUAAAUUUGCCAUUAAGGAAAUCAGAUGUGGAAGUACUUCCAAUUCCAGACCACAAAUUAAUUGUCAGCGUACCCUGCACUCUUCAUUCACACAAACCUCCUCUUACUGGUUCCUAGACUGGCUCUUGAGAUUUCAGAUUUCUUCCACAGUUUGUAAAGAAGUUAUUGGCUAUGAAGAGACAGCCAACUUAAAAAUCCUGGACUUUAUUCUUGGGUCUCCCCCAGCCACUUUGCCCUGCUUUAGCAGAGCAAAGCAUUGGAAGCCCAGAGAAAACCUGCUUCCUGUAGCAGUUCUUUGCCCCCUUGAGCCAUGUUGUAGAGACAUGCCUGAGAGGGAAUUAAAGAAGUCCUUAUGUCCCGUGUGAUACCCUGCUGUCCAAUAGUCUGUGGGGCUGUUGGCAGCCAGGCAUAAAUUGGAACUCAGCCAACUGGAGGCUUAGACAAAGGCUAGGUGGCAUAAUGCCACCUUUGCCCAACCUCCAACACUCCCUCCCCACCCUUUCCUGGUCCUGUGCUAAGCACAAAUUUAACUCUCUUAAAGAGUUUUGCUUAACGUCUAAAGAUCACUCCCAAGAGUAUAUUAACAUAUAUUUGUGAAGGUAGGACUUAUAGCUUAAAAUAGAAAGCUAAUGUUCAGGUAAACUGGUGGCAUUAGCUUUUAUAUCAACAAAAUACAGCCAUAUUAUUGCCCUCUAUAUAUGCUAAUUUUCAUUGCACUGAGGGUUAUUGCCUGAUGUGAUUAUGUAAAUACCCAAUCCAAGCUAUGAAAAAUUAUAUUGUGAUAGCUUGAAUUAUUGUAAAUAUAAUCUGGCUGCAUCUGUGCACACAGUCAUCAUGUUCUGGAGUGGGAUUUUUAGGGGCUGUAGGGGAAGGGAAAGUGGAAGACUCCUAGGAACCCCUGGUUAAAUUCUAUCCCCAAAAUUGAUGGAAAUGUUGGCAUCGCACCUCUGGUUACAGCUAAAUAAUCCCUAUCAGAAGUAAUUUCUCUCUUGUGCUGUGUCAGAUAGUAGGUACUUUAAAAUUCUUUUCAGAAGAUGAAAGUUUUGGUGCUCGAUAAUUAGUAAUACUAGUGCUGCUGGACUUCGUGUUGCAGCAUCAAUAUACACUCUCUCUCGAGAGAGAAAUUUUUUUAGGAACAAAAUACAAGUACUCGAAAAUAUAAAUUUAAUAAAACCUUGUUGGCCAAAUGGUUUCUUAUUUGGAUUUUUUGGUUAUAAAAAGUGGGUUUUCUUUUUAAAUGGGGAAAAGAAACUAAAGCUCUGAUGUUUCAAUAUGCUCUGCAUGUGCUGGCCCCUGUUGAAGUCAAAAGAGCAGAAUUCUGCCCAGGGAAAAUUUAUUGAAAUCUUGGGGCUUUAGAGAUUCACUCUUAUAUGGGCUUUCUUAGAUGACCAGGGGGAUAGAUUUUUGGGAGACAGUUUGUUAAAAUACUGGCAGCAGAUCAGUACACAAACAAUCCUUAACUAAAGAGAGCAUGGAAAAGAAUGACAGUUUUUUUUUUUUCUUAAGGUGGUGGCUUUGCAAAAUGAUAUUGGCACAUUUUUUUGAGGAGUACUAUCUAGCUGUCUAAUUAGAGGGAGGGAAAUGCUUGUGAGCAGUGUAGCAGGCUUGCUGUCAGAAUGCACAUUUUGUUCUAAAGCUGCUAGACUCUUAUGCAAAUGUUAGAUUGGAUUAGGUUUUCUAGCAUGCUUAUUAGAAGGAAUAGAUUUUCCAAUAUGAGAUUAUUAGUAAUAGCAGUAUUAUGUGGCCCAAAAACAAAAAACC